AUGUCUUUAUCUAAUCUAUGUGGUCAGUCUUCGUUUGUGUAUUAUUAUCAUUUUCACUAUCCAAUGCUCUUCAUAGAGUUUCUCUCUUGCUUCAAACCUCUCCCCCAUACUAUUUCGACUUCCCUCUGUGUAUCUAUUCUCUGUGAUUUUUGUCUAUCUAUCUAUCUAUCUAUCUAUCUAUCUAUCUAUCUAUCUAUCUAUCUAUCUAUCUAUCUAUCUAUCUAUGGCAACAUAACUGAUUAUGAUGGCGACGGUACCAUAACAACGUCAGAGCUUGGAACCGUGAUGCGCUCCCUCGGACAAAACCCCACCGAGGCUGAGCUGCAGGAUAUGAUCAACGAGGUGGAUGCCGAUGGUGUCAUCACAAAACGUUCGACUACCUCUUUCUCAAUUUCUCUUGUUCUCUCUCUUUCUAUCUAUCUAUCUAUCUAUCUAUCUAUCUAUCUAUCUAUCUAUCUAUCUAUCUAUCUAUCUAAAAAUUUAUUUAAAUACUUCAACUAUACUUCCAUUAUCUAUCUAUCUAUCUAUCUAUCUAUCUAUCUAUCUAUCUAUCUAUCUAUCUAUCUAUCUAUCUAUCUAUUUGAGCUAGUUCAGAUCCCUCUCUCUCUCUCUCGCAUUUAUCAUUAUCUAUCUAUCUAUCUAUCUAUCUAUCUAUCUAUCUAUCUAUCUAUCUAUCUAUCUGAGCUAGUUCAGAUCCCUCUCUCUCUCUCUCUCUAUCUAUCUAUAGAUAGAUAG